AUGUUUCACAAUUUAUUGCAAUCGAACGCUUUUUGCCACGCUUCAAAGCGUGGUCACUAUCGUUUUUUAAAAGUUUUUAUUCGAGGAUAUGUUUCUGCUCAAAUCCAAAAAGAGUACUUGAAUAAGCACCUGAAGGAUACUGACCCAGAAGUUUUCGAUAUUAUAGAACAAGAGAAAAGGCGACAACGCGAAAGCAUCGUUCUUAUCCCUUCAGAGAAUUUUACAUCACGUGCGGUCAUGGAUGCCCUUGGAUCAAUUAUGCAAAAUAAAUACUCUGAAGGAUAUCCUGGAGCAAGGCAAUUAACAAUAAAUUAUUAUUUAAGAUCUUUUUAUGUAACUCUACUAAACCUAUUAAAAUAUUAUGGUGGAAAUCAAUAUAUUGAUCAAGCUGAAUCUUUAUGUCAACAAAGAGCUUUAGAAGCAUUCGAUUUAGAUAAGUCUAAGUGGGGUCCACAUGGAAGAUUGAUGGGUUUAGAUUUACCACAUGGUGGACAUUUGUCUCAUGGUUAUCAAACAGAUACUAAAAAAAUAUCUGCUGUAUCUGAGUAUUUUGAGACUAUGCCAUAUAGAUUGGAUGAAAAAACUGGUAUAAUAGAUUAUGAUGCUCUUGAAGCCACUGCCAAGUUAUUUCGUCCAAAACUUAUAAUUGCUGGAGCCAGUGCUUACCCAAGGAAUUAUGACUAUGCACGUAUGAAAAAAAUUACUGAUAAAAUAAAUGCGUAUUUGAUGGCUGAUAUUGCUCAUAUAAGUGGUAAAUACACUACUGGUGUACUACCUUCACCUUUUGAAUUUGCUGAUAUUGUUACGACCACAACACAUAAAUCUCUUCGAGGUCCUCGUGGUGCCAUGAUAUUUUAUAGAAAAGGUGUUAGAAAAGUUGAUAACAAAGGCAAAGAAAUCCUUUAUGACCUUGAAAAUCCUAUUAAUCAGUCAGUAUUUCCUGGUCAUCAGGGAGGUCCGCAUAAUCACACUAUUACUGCUCUUACCGUUGCUUUAAAGCAAGCUAAAUCCCCAAUUUUCAAAGAAUAUCAACAACAAGUUGUAAAAAAUAGUUUGGCUUUUGCAGAGGCUUUUAAAAAAAGAGGUUAUAAUUUAGUUUCAGGUGGCACUGACACUCAUUUGAUACUUAUGGAUUUGAGAUCCAAGGGCCUUGAUGGUGCUCGUGUUGAACGUAUUCUUGAAUUGGCAAAUAUUGCCGCAAAUAAGAAUACAGUUCCUGGUGAUAAAAGUGCAUUUAUUCCAGGAGGACUUCGUGUUGGUACACCAGCUAUGACAACACGUGGUUUUAAUGAGUCUGAUUUUGAACAAGUUGCUGAAUUUAUUCAUCAAGGUGUUCAAAUAACUAAUGAUAUUUGCAAGAAAGUUUCUGGAACAAAACUCAAGGACUUUAAGGAAUAUGUUGGAGAAGAUGGUUCUUCAGAACCUGUGAUAAAUGAGUUAAAACAUAAAGUUAUUGAAUUUGUAAAAACGUUUCCUACUAUUGGUUUUGAAGAAAAUGAAAUGAAAUAUGCUUAA